AUGUGCGGAACAACUCCAAUGGUUUCGGAGGGUGCUAAUAGUAAUACCCUCAUCAUUGGGUCAACAGGGUUCAUCGGCCGGUUCAUUGCAGAAGCUAGCCUUGACUCAGGCCACCCCACCUAUCUUCUUAUGCGCCCCGGCUCUCCUGGCCUUUCCAAGACCACUCACACUAUCGACUCCUUACAGGACAGAGGAGCUAUAAUCCUAACGGGCUCCAUUGAUGAUGAAGAUUUCCUGGAGAAAGUGCUCAAGGAGCACAAGAUUGAAGUUGUCAUAUCAGUGGUGGGUGGUGGAAGAAUUUUAGACCAGCUUAUUUUGCUAGAAGCCAUUAAAUCUGCGGGCACUGUUAAGAGGUUUUUGCCAUCUGAAUUUGGGCAUGACAUAGACAUAGCUGACCCGGUGGAGCCCGGGCUGAGCAUGUACAAUGAGAAGAGAAAAGUGAGAAGGGCCAUUGAGGCUGCUGGAAUUCCCUACACUUACAUUUGCUGCAACUCUAUUGCUGGUUGGCCUUAUCAUGACAACAUUCACCCCACCGAUGUUCUCCCACCCUUGGAUCGCUUCCACAUCUACGGUGAUGGCACUGUUAAAGCUUACUUCGUGGCGGGUUCCGACAUCGGAAAGUUCACGAUGAAAAUAAUCGACGACGUCCGAACAAUCAACAAAUCUGUUCAUUUUCGACCACCAAGCAACCUCUUCAGCAUCAACCAGCUUGCUUCCUUGUGGGAGCAAUGCAUUGGACGCAAACUCCCGAGAGUCACUAUUAGCGAGGACGACCUACUUGCUGCUGCUAAAGAAAUGCGAAUCCCACAAAGCAUUGUGGCAUCCUUCACCCACGACAUUUUCAUCAAGGGCUGCCAAGUAAAUUAUGAGAUAGAGAAGCCUAAUGACAUUGAAGUUUGUUCUCUGUAUCCGGACACAUCAUUUCUGACCGUCGAUGAGUGCUUCCAAGAGUUUGCCACAAGGGUUGCCGUUGAUGUUUCAAAACCAAAACCAGCUCAAAAAUCAAAGUCAUCAACUACCAACGAUUUUAUCCUCGCGCCAAAUGCUUAA